GCGAAAAGAAAUGUUGCCUAGGUUUCAUGAAAGCAGUUCGUGUACGUUUCUUCAGCUAUUGCCGAUUACGGAUGAGUUUUACAAGGCCAUGGGCAGUUGAUGUUCAAUUACCUUGAUGAGCUACUGUGAGUUGACGAGAUGGCAGCAGAUUUACCUGGUCGACAGAGCCUAAGUGUUGCAAGCAUCGCAGAAUUCAGCGAACCCAUCAGUGAAACAGAUGAAAUUGAAAGCGUUCGCAAACUUCAGAAGCUUGGAGAUAGAGCCUUCAAGAAGAAAAACUAUGGCGAUGCAUCUGCCUGCUAUAAAGAAGCUCUAGAGAUAGAUGAGGAGAAUGUCCAGCUCCUGUCCAAGAGGACAGUCUCUAACAUUGAACUCAAAGACUAUCAUGAAGCAAGGAUUGAUGCAGCUGUCCUAGUGAGACUCAACCCACAUGUUCCACAGGGCCAUUAUCUGCUAGCAGUGUGUCUUGACAACCUAGGGGAGUAUGGACCUGCCAUAACUGCCUUCCUUAGAGCAUUACGCCAUGAUCAGAACCAUCAAACCCAACUGGUUGACAAUGUUGCAGUUGUUGCUGCAAACCUCUGUCAUUUUCCUGAUGAUGUCCUUCAGAAGUUAGAUGAUUCCAAUCCUAUUGAGAAGCUGAUGAUCGUAGCUGAGUGCAUGUAUGAGUCCAAGCAAUAUGAUGUCUGCAUCCAUGUCCAGCAGACCAUCCAAGAUCUCAAACAAAUGGACGAAGAGACCAAACUCAAGUCCCAAUACCUUCUUGCCAUGUGUUAUCAAAAGCUUGAGGAACUAGACAGAGCCAUGGACCAGUUCCACACCCUGCUGUCCCAGGCUCUGAGUCACAAGAAUGACAUUUAUGAGGCAUCUGCCUAUCACAACCUGGCUCAGUUAAACCUGAAGAUUGGUCAGAUCCACCAUGGUAUCGUCUUCUAUGAGAAGCUUCUAUCCAUGUGUGAAGACCUGAGGCAGAGAAGUGACGGAGCUGAUGGCAAGACUGGCAAGGGUGAGAUGGAUUAUCUCAUUGGAGACCGACUGCAAACACAUGUGCAUGAAAUACUGACGAGUGCUUAUCAAGCAGCAUCCGAUCUUUCGCAAGCUUUGUUCCACGCUGACCAAUACCUUUCUAAAACAGUCCAGGAAGAUGUCAGCAAGGACAAGGAGGUUGUUGGAAAGGCGUAUCUAUUGGUGGGGUUCCUGAGGGAAGGUUUGGAAGACUAUGCAACUGCUCUCAAGCACUACCAGGAAUACCUUGCUGUGAGUAAGACCAAGAAUGACAAGUCUGGGAUAGCUCGGGCGUAUGGUUGUCUAGGCAGGGUGUACCACCGGCUUUGUAAUUACACACUAGCUCAAUCUUUCUAUGAACAACAGCAUGCCAUUGCAGAGAAAUUUAAGUACAUGCAAAUGGUUGCUUCUGCAAUGAAAAACCUUGCCAAGCUAUUUAUUGAAAAGGAGAAUUAUGAGGAGGCAUUCAAAUGCUUGGAGAAGUAUCUCCGAGUGAGUAGGAAGCUAGAUGAGUUCUACACUGAAUGUGAAGCUCUCAUGGACAUAGGAGACUUCUAUCAAGGUCAAGAAAGGGUGAUGCAAUCGGAGUACUACUAUGAACAGGCGUUUAACCUUGCAGAAAGGACUAAGCUAUCAGGACACCUACAAAAAGCAGCCUCUAAGCUAGCGGAAGUUCUUGUUCAGUCAGACGAGGAGAAGAACAUUGAGAAGGCCAGGUUCUUGUGUGAGGAAAGUAUCAAGUAUUGCCAGAGAGUACAGAUGGUCCAUGAGGAAGAUGGGACAGUAGUCCCUGAAGAGAUUCAGCAGUGCCUUCUGCGUAGCUCCUCCAUCUUGAAGAUAAGCCUUUGCCGGCUUCAGAGGAACUUUGAAGCUCUAGAGCAUGCUGAAGAACAAAACAGUCUUAGCUUCCAUGAAAUACUCGCCAAACAGACCAGAGAUGGCAUUCUUGAUCGGAACAAUACUCUGACAUUCCAAGAUAUCUGUAAGCUAGUCAAUUCUCAGUCAAGUACUGUUGUAUACUAUGAUGUAACUGAUCUUGGAGUUCUCACAUGGGUGCUUAAACCUAACGAGGGUUGUGUCCACUUUGUGAGAGAAAUUCCAGAAGGGAGGUUGAGAACCUCAGAGUAUCUCAAAGACCUGGUGUCCUCUAUUCACUCCAGUGAAGGCGUGCUUCAGAGUAUGUAUGACUGUGAAUACAGAGCACUCCCCUUGCUGGACUCAGAGACAUACAAAAUGCAACUCUACUUCAAGUCCAUGUCAAGGAAUUAUUCACCUGUGAGCUUCACAUCUAGAGCUUACAGUGCACCAGGCACCCCAGUUGCAAAGACCACGUCUUACCCUCUAAGGACACUGUACCACUUCCUUUGGGAGCCAAUCGCUGAACAUGUCACUGAAGGUGAGGUCAUCAUAGUUCCUAAUGGUGUGUUGACGCAGCUCUCGUUUGCCUCACUGACUGAUGUUGAAGGUCACCAGCUAGGGGAGACCCUGAAUGUGACCUCUAUCCCGUCUCUCAUGGUCCUGCAGCAUCUGAUCAGCAACCAACCUAACAUCAAUGAUCUCUACCUGGCAGACUCUGCUGCUGAUCACCAGGCAUCUCAGAUCUCAGGUGUUCCACAAACCAAGCCUAACCCUGCCUCCCCAAUCUACCUGGAUCACAUGAACCGUGUGGUGGUUUCUCAGUCCAGUCUCCCUCACCAGCCCAUCAGGAAAACAGUCAAAGUGGCCCCAGAGAUGGCUGCCACCAGGGCACCCAACCCCAGCCAUGUGGCCUUUGACAGCACCUUCCAUGACACUGCUCCGGAUGGUAGGGACCCUGUCCUGGCGCUGGAGGAGCGCAGGGUGAGGGAGGGUUGCAUCAGAGGGAGUACACUCAUCAGCAAGACAUGGAGCGGGGGAGAGGUACCGUCUGUCAGGGAUGGUGUCAUGGGGAUGUACCGCCAGAGAGAGGGGAUAGCUGGUAUCGUUGUCAUGGGCAACCCAACAUUACCGGAGAAGAUGAGACUUCAUGGAAAGAUCUGGAAGCCCGACUCAGAUCUGGACAUCGCACAGAUGGAAACCCACAAGAUUGCAGACUACCUUCACACCGAACCCUUCCUAGGGUCAAAGGUCACCAAGGAAGCCAUCUUGUCCAAGUUACCCACAGCGACCCUCAUCCACCUUGCUCUCUAUGGUUCCUGGGAGGAUGGGGUGCUUGCAUGCUCCCCCAAUCCCACUACCCAGCCCAUAGAGGAUGGAGUGUAUCCUGAAGGGGCAUACCAGAUUGUGGUUCAAGAUGUGCUCGGCAUGAAUCUCUGCAGUCAACUAGUGGUACUCAGCUGUUGCUAUGGUAACAGGCAUCGGACUGUUAAUCUUGAUCUACCCCUUGCAUUCAUAGCUGCAGGUGCUCAGUGUGUUCUGGUGAUGUUGUGGGCAGUCAAUGAUCUAGUCCGGAAUAAGUUUUGGCAUCACUUCUACCUUGCUCUUCAAGAAGGCACUAUGGUCUCUCAAGCUGUCCAAGCAGCUAAGCAGGCAAUCAAGCAAGAUAAUAGGUUCCAAGAUGCACGCCACUGGGCUGCAUUCCAUGUGAUAGGGUUUGAUCAGUAUAUCAAUCUAAUGACCAUCAAGCAUGCCAUGGUUGAUCAUCAACUCAACCAGACUCAGAAACAUGUACUCAACAACAUGAAGGAAGAUGCCCUCAAUCUCAGGGAGGACGAUCCUCAAGAUAAGACUGACUCGGCCUUGAUUACAAAGCUGUGUUCACAUCUGGCCUCAGCCCUCUCACACCAUGUUCACUAUCCAACUGUCCUGAACUGCAUCCUAAGUCUGCUACAACAAACCAAGAAGCUUCUCUCUGGUCCUGAGGGUGGGCCUUUCCCUUCCUGGAUCCUACCGGUUGAAGUCUUCAGGUCUCCUUCAGCCGUACCUCUCCUCAACCUCCUAGGCUUCCACUUCCAGCCUCGUGGUCCAACCAGCUACGAGCCCUAUGUGGUCUUUCCAACCUGGGACCCAGACGCUCUCCUUGACCCUGCGCUCCAGGCAUUCAAAGCUCUCAUUGACAUCUCAAGCAACACAGAGGUGAGUCAUUGUCUGGCUAAGGUACUGGCAGAACAUGACAAGCUCACAUCAGGUCUCAUUGACAUUCUCUCUAUCACCAAGCACAUGCCUGAGAUUCAGCUGCGAUGCAAUGAUGCAGGUAUCCAUAGCAUGUGGGUAGAGAACACGGCUAGAGAGAUCCUACAAGCCAUGGGCUUCAGACAGGUCGGCAAGCUUAUUCUCUUUGAAGGAAGCAAAUUAAACAAGAAACAACUUGAUGCAGUACUCCAAGUCCUGUGUGCAGUGUCCGGUGAGAAGGGGAAGAGCAUGUUGGAGAAACUUGACAUGCGUUACCUUGGUUCAGCACCCAGCCGCCUGGUCAGCAAGUCCCCUCGUCAAUCCCCGUCCAAGUCUGCUCGUCUCAUGUCCAGUAGUACGGCCAGAUUGACCACUCCUCCCAGGACAAUCAAUCGACUCCGCACCUUGAACCCCGUCAUAUUACCAGGAAACAAGAUGGAUUUCUCAACUCCAUGGGGGAGUGAGGAAGCACAGCAUCCAGAGGUCACAGAGAAACUCAAGCUUGCCAAGGGUCUGAGUGCUGUUCAUGUUGGGUUCUCUCAGAGGAUGCAGAAGAACAGGAGAUGGCAUCUAGAAGCCAUCGCACCUCAAGCCAGGGAGGAGAGAGACAAGGUCGGUCUGCCUCCUCCAAAACCUAGAAAGAUCAAGAUGAAGCCUGGUGGGUCCCCCGCCACCCCCAGAGUGCCCGUAGACCACAUAGAGCCCCUCACUGCAGAGGCCAUUGAGCAACGUAGAGACUAUGCACAUUUUCUGUCUAGAGUCCGGUCACUGGAUUUGGAGAAGCGACAUCAGAAUUCUGUUCAGGGACUUUUCCUGCCAUAUGUGAACAACACCAAGACUGAAACAAAUUGAAGAACUUGGAAUAGUUUCUUUAAUGGUAAUAUGUUUGGGGGGGGGAAGGACAUUGUGCAGCACAGACACUGCGAACUUGUUGUCAAGGCUCUGAGCCGGUAUUCAAUUCAAUACUUAGCAUAAGUAAGAAAUUUACUAAGUAAAUGGCUAAGUUAAGUAAUUUACUUAUCUCGUAUUCAAAUCGCAUUUUAGACUUAUACUUACGUAAGACAAAAUCUAAGUAAAAUACUUACUGAUAAGCAUUGUGACGUUACACGGUCAAUAAAAAUUGAUACAUUGCAAUAAAUGCGCGCUGAUAUAAUUGUGCGAAGGUUAUAAUACUGCGUAAGAAAACCAUAUGCCUGCCAAUCAAGGCCUCAAAUAAUUGGCUUAAGUCUGGUAUGGAGUUGGCUUAGAUUUAGGGUAAAAUACUUAGCCAAAAGUGUGAAUUGAAUAC